AUGUCUUUUGAGCAGAGGAGUCCGCACUGCAAGCCUGAUGAAGACCCUGAAGCCCAAAGAGAGGACUUGGGCCUGAUGGGUGCACAGGAUCCCACAGGCGAGGAGCAGGAGGCUACCUCCUCCUCUGAUGAGGAGGAGGAGGCUACCUCCUCCUCUGAUGAGGAGGAGGAGGUGUCCGCUGCUGGGUCAUCAAGUCCUCCCCAGAGUCCUCAGGGAGGCUCUUCCUCCUCCACUUCCGUCUACUACACUUUAUGGAGCCAAUUCGAUGAGAGCUCCAGCAGUCAAGAAGAGGAAGGGCCAAGCACCUCGGUCGACCUAGCUCACCUGGAGUUCAUGUUCCAAGAAGUACUGAAAUUGAAGGUGGCUGAGUUGGUUCGUUUCCUGCUCCACAAAUAUCGCGUCAAGGAGCCUGUCACAAAGGCAGAAAUGCUGGAGAGUGUCAUCAAAAAUUACAAGCACUACUUUCCUGUAAUCUUCGGCAAAGCCUCCGAGUUCAUGCAGCUGAUCUUUGGCACUGAGGUGAAGGAGGUGGACCCCGCCGGCCCCUCCUACAUCCUUGUCACUGCUCUUGGCCUCUCAUGCGAUAGCAUGCUGGGUAAUGAUCAUAGCAUGCCCAAGGCUGCCCUCCUGAUCAUUAUCCUGGGUGUGAUCUUAACCAAAGACAACUGCGCCCCCGAAGAGGUUAUCUGGGAAGCGUUGAGUGUGAUGGGGGUGUAUGUUGGGAUGGAGCACGUUUUCUAUGGGGAGCCCAGGAAGCUGCUCACCCAAGAUUGGGUGCAGGAAAACUACCUGGAGUACCGGCAGGUGCCCGGCAGUGAUCCUGCGCACUAUGAGUUCCUGUGGGGUUCAAAGGCCCACGCUGAAACCAGCUAUGAGAAGGUCGUAAAUUAUUUGGGCAUGGUCAAUGCAAGAGAGCCCAUUUGCUACCCAUCCCUUUAUGAAGAGGCUUUCGGAGGGGAACAAGAGGGAGUCUGAGCACCAGCUGC